AUGCAGCAGGAAGGACCGGCCGUCAGUGGCGUCCAGCAGAAGCCUGCAGGGCCCCGUACCGCUCCUAGGGGUAACCCCAGCAAGGCGUUUGAGUUCGGUCCUGAUGCUGGUCCGUAUCGUGAGCAAGUAGAGGUCUCUCAGGAGUUGGUCUCGAUGGUUAUUGGCAAACGAGGCGCUACUAUAAGUGACUUGAAGCAGCUCACUGGAGCCAAUAUUCACGGCGACCAGUCGACGCGUGAGCAGGGCUAUACCAUUUUCUAUGUUGAUGCCCAGAGUGAGGAGCAGCUGCAAGCUGCAGUUGACGCCAUUCGUGAGAAAAUAUCUCCGCUGGAGCCCAAGGAUGGUGAAACUCAACGAUUCUUUGAAAUUCCAGACAGCAAGGUCUCGGAAGUGCUCGGACCACAGGGCGUCGCCUUGACCAGGAUCAAAGAGCGCUCCGGAGCUCGACUCGAAAUUAAGGCCGUACCACCAGCUGAGUACCACGGGUCUACUAGGGGCAUGCCCCGAACUGUAAAUUGUGUUGGCACUGAGGGGGCUGUGAAUAAAUGUGAGGAGUUGGUUAACAAGGUUGUGGCUGGCACGGUUACCUGCGCGGACUUGAUUUCUGAAUAUGAAGUUGACCACCCGGAGGUCCGAUCUCAGAAGAGGCUCAGCUCGACUCCAUCCUACGAUGAGACCAAACGGCGUAGGAUGGACUACGACGAUCACCAGGGAGGAGGUUUUGAUAACUCUUAUAAUGCGGGUUACCAACGUGGGGGUGGUUUUGGUGGUAGCAGAGUCGGAGGCCCUAUUAAGGGUGGGGGAGAGGGUGCCUGGAACGACAACUCUGCUGCUGCUGCUGCUGAUUUCUGCAUACUCGAGGUUCCAUUCAAUGGUGUUGGAGCCAUCAUCGGUCGUGGUGGGGAGGUCAUCAAUCGGUUGAAGGAAGACAGUCGCUGCGAUAUACAGAUUUCCAAGAGUGGCGCUGGCCCGUACCGAGAAGUGUCCCUUCAGGGGCCACACGAUGGGAUCAUAACUGUGGUUGGAUUCAUCAACGAGAGACUGGCGGGCGCUCACGUAGUGAAGGCAGCACCGGCCAAUGGUCUCCCACCUUACCUGUUUGGGAGUGGUGAUGGUGCUCCACGUGGACGGAUGGGGAGUGGAGGCCCACAGCCCUAUAUGCAGCAGCAAGGUCCUCCUUCCACGGCUCGGUCCUAUGGUAUGCAAGGUGGACCACCAGAGGCUCAUUCGACACCUCCUGGCCAGCCUUGGCAGCAACCCCAGAUAGAAGGCUACAGCGCUGGGAAUAGUAUGAUGCCCCAGUACCAGCAACAGCCACCUCCAUACGCUGGAGGUCUGUGCACCCGAAUACCUUGUGAUUGGUAUUGUUGA